GUCUGUUUGCUUUUUCUAGUCUGACAAAUAUCCUUCUGUUCCGGCCGGAGGACAUAUGUCACUGGCUGAAGACCGGUAAUUGGGAAAGACUUGGUGAAGGCAGACAAGAAAAAUGAAGUAAUGUUUGCAUGUGAACCUCUCUGAUUAUUUGUUCACCAUCCAUAGCUCUCUUCUCUUAUCACAGAAGUAUAGAAACUCAGAGUCUCAGAAAAUUGGCUAAUGACAACAAUGUGCUUACUUAGCGAUGAAAGUCACAGAAGAGAUGAAAUCUCAGGAUCUGUACCUUCUUCAAAAUGCCAACGUUUGCGAGAAUGUUUCAAUGGGAUUCUUACUCAGAAGAUUGAUUGGGCAUCCAUGAGUAAAAUCUGCAAAAAGUGGAUCAAGAACCCUCUGAAUAUGGCCAUCCUUUUAUGGAUAAGUUGUGUUGCCGUCUCAGGAGCAAUCCUAUUUCUUGUGAUGACGGGAAUGUUAAACAGCGUCCUGCCCGAGAAGUCAGAGAGAAAUGCCUGGUCUGAGAUCAACAAUCAAAUCCUCACUGCUCUCUUUACUCUUAUGGCUCUUUACCAACACCCAAAGAGGAUCUACCACCUUGUACUUCUGUUGAGAUGGAAGCCAAAGGAUGUCUCAUUGCUUAGAAAAAUGUACUCUAGGAAUGGUACUUACAAACCCCAUGAAUGGGCACACUUUAUGGUGGUAGUUUUUUUACUCCAUUUGAAUUGCUUUGCUCAGUAUGCCUUGUGUGGGCUUAACUUGGGAUACAAAAGAUCUGAGCGACCUGCUGUUGGUGUCGGUAUCUGUCUUUCGGUUGCAAUUGCUGCCCCUGCAAUAGCAGGUGUGUACUGCAUUGUUAGCUCCCUCGGGAAGGAGUAUGAAGUUGAUCAUGAUGCGCAGGAUCAUAUUCCCACUAAUGGCACAAGCCGGUCCAGCCACUCGAUGAUGAAGUCAUUCAAGAGGACAUUUUCAUGUGCAUCUAGAGAUGGCCAAAGGAUUUCUGAGAAUGCACCUCAAUGGAGAGGGGAUGACAAGCCUGUGCUAUCGCCCUUACCGCGUGAAAGUGGAAUUACUGAAUAUAGAUUUCAUCAAACUUCUCUACUUUGGAAGAAGCCUACAAGUCCAAGCACACUUCAAAAAGAUUACCGUAGUCUAGAUAGACAGAUCCCCAAGGUGAAAGAGGAAUCUACAAUGGAGCCCCCUGUACCAUUGAUUUUGCAGAGGGAAGAGAAUAUCCAACCAAAGACACAAAAAGGAAGGAAUUAUUAGGGAAGUUCUGGAAAGACUACAGGAACUAUUUGUGAUCUUGAUAAACUCAUUUUCUUCGGCAUCUUUAUAUGUAGAAUGUUGAAAUGAAAUAUAAGCUUAUAUUACACUUCAAAUACAUACAUAUUGGAAAAUUUUGAUUC